CUCCUCAGUGAGCUCAUCAACCUCCUCCUCCAAGGAGGGAGGUGGCUGAGGCUCUGUCUAUUGCUGGUGGGUGGGUGGGUGGUUUCCAUCCUCAGCAUCACCAACCAAAGGAGGGGGGGAUAGAGAGAGAGAGAGAGAGAGAGCAGUUGCUGAUGUUGUGCUCUGAAGCAACCUCAGUAGAAGGGAAAAUGGAUCCAGCUUGCACAUCCCUCGCCUUUCAGCACCUUCCCUUGGAUUCAGCAUGGACUGCCCAAGGAGCUGAUGGGGCUAUCUUUACGAAUGUCACACAGUAGGUUCUGAGACAACUUUGAUGGAAAGAAAGAAAAAAUGGUUGUUCCCAUUUGAAAAAGGAUUCUCACGCACAGACUCACAGCAGCCAGCAGCCAUGUCAAAAAAAGGACGCAGCAAGGCUGAAAAGCCUGAGGCACUGAUUAUGUCCUUACAAGCUGCCAAUGAAGAUCUCAGGACCAAGCUAACAGACAUUCAAAUUGAGCUUCAUCAGGAGAAGUCUAAGGUAAGCAGACUCGAAAGGGAGAAAACCCAAGAAACAAAGCGGAUCCGGGAGCUGGAGCAGCGCAAGCAGACAGUGCAGAUCACUGAACUGAAAGCGAAGCUCCACGAGGAGAAGAUGAAGGAGCUGCAGGCCGUACGGGAGAAUCUCAUCAAGCAGCACGAGCAAGAAAUGGCUCGGACAAUGAAAAUCAGAGACAGUGAAAUCCAGAGGCUCAAGUCAGCCCUGUACGCGUUGCGGGAAGGGAGCAGCGACAAAGUACGGACAGCACUGACCAUUGAGGCUCGCGAAGAGGCCAGGAAACAAUUUGACUCUGAGCGCCUUAAGCUUUUGCAGGAAAUUACCGAACUCAAGUCUGCCAAAAAGCAGGUGGACGAAGCCCUGAACAACAUCAUCCAGGCGGAUAAGAUCAAAGCGGGGGAUCUUCGGAGUGAGCACCAAUCCCACCAGGAAGCAAUCUCAAAGAUCAAAUGGGAGAGCGAGAGGGAUAUCCGCAGGCUGAUGGAUGAGAUCAAAGCAAAAGACAGAACCAUCUUCUCCUUGGAGAAAGAGCUGGAGACCCUGACUGGAUAUGUUCAGAAGCUUCAACUGCAGAAGGAGGCUUUGGACGAACAGCUCUUCUUAGUAAAGGAGGCCGAAUGUAAUAUGAGCAGUCCCAAAAGAGAGAUCCCAGGCAGAGCAGGAGAUGGCUCUGAACACUGCAGCAGUCCUGACCUACGCAGAAACCAGAAGAGGAUGGCAGAGCUCAAUGCUACCAUACGGAAACUCGAGGACAGGAACACACUGCUGGUAGACGAGAGGAAUGAACUGUUGAAACGUGUUCGGGAAGCUGAAAAACAAUGCAAACCUCUUCUGGAAAGAAAUAGCCUCUCCAAGAGAAAUGAUGAACUCAUGCAGUCGUUGCAGCGCAUGGAGGAGAAGCUCAAAGCAAUCGCUAAGGAGAAUUUAGAAAUGAAAGAAAAAAUGACAUCACAUCCUCCUCUGAAGAAAUUAAAAUCUCUCAAUGACCUGGAUCAAGCUAAUGAAGAGCAAGAGACUGAAUUUUUGAAGCUUCAGGUUAUAGAACAACAGAACAUAAUUGAUGAAUUGACACGGGAUAGAGAGAAACUUAUUCGUCGCAGGAAGCAUAAAAGAAGUUCCCAGCAAUCAAGGUAAAGGCAUAUAUUGGACACAGUUUAUGGGGGUGAUGAUGACUCCAUGGACUCGGAAACCUCAUCCAUGGCAUCAUUCAGGACAGAAGACAGAACACCAGCAACUCCAGAUGAAGACCUGGAUGAAAGCUUAGCAGCUGAAGAAUCAGAGUUGCGAUUUCGACAAUUGACAAAGGAGUAUCAAGCCCUGCAGAGAGCCUAUGCAUUACUGCAAGAGCAAACAGGAGGUAUCAUAGAUGCAGAACGAGAAGCCAAGGCACAAGAGCAGCUCCAAGCCGAAGUCCAGAGGUACAGAGCUAAAAUAGAGGAUCUGGAAAAAACGCUGGCCCAGAGAGGACAGGACUCCCAUUGGGUAGAAGAUAAGCAACUUUUUAUUAAGAGGAAUCAAGAGCUUUUGGAUAAGAUAGAAAAACUGGAAAUCGAUAACCACCGAUUGCAACAGGAGCUGCAGGAUGCCAGAGAUCAAAAUGAGCUGUUGGAGUUUCGGAAUCUGGAACUUGAAGAAAGAGAAAGAAGGUCUCCACCAUUUAAUCUACAAAUCCACCCAUUCUCCGAUGGUGUAAGUGCUCUGCAGAUCUACUGCAUGAAAGAAGGUGUCAAGGAUGUUAGCAUUCCAGAUCUCAUAAAACAGUUAGACAUCUUGGACAAUGGGAAUUUAAGAAAUGAAGAGCAAGUGGCCAUAAUUCAAGCUAGCACUGUGUUGUCCCUGGCAGAAAAGUGGAUACAGCAGAUUGAAGGGGCUGCAGCUCUGCACCAGAAGAUGAUGGAGCUGGAAAGUGACAUGGAGCAGUUCUGUAAAAUAAAAGGUUAUCUGGAGGAAGAACUGGACUACAGGAAACAAGCUCUUGACCAGGCCUAUAUGAGAAUCCAGGAGCUUGAAGCCACUUUGUACAAUGCUUUGCAGCAAGAAACAGUGAUCAAGUUUGGAGAAACUCUCAGUGAGAAGCAGCAGGAGGAACUUAGGACCGCUGUCGAAAAAUUAAGACGGCAGAUGCUGAGAAAAAGCAGAGAAUAUGAUUGCCAGAUCUUGCAGGAGAGAAUGGAGUUGCUUCAGCAGGCACAUCAGAGGAUCAGAGAUUUAGAAGAUAAAACUGACAUCCAGAAGAGACAGAUCAAGGAUUUAGAAGAAAAGUUUCUUUUUCUGUUCUUGUUCUUCUCUCUUGCCUUUAUUCUUUGGCCUUGAUGUCAAAUGUGCCUCUUGAAAGGUAAGACUGCUUUCUUUGUUUUCCCUUAAAAUACUAAGCCACACACAUACCUCUUUCUAGGUUCUUAUCCAAAGCAGCACAGCUGAAUGUCUAAACCAAUGUUGAUCCAGAAACAAGAUCAAUCAAGUGUGCUUCUACAAAGGGCCAUUUCAUACAUUAUGCACAGGCCAACUUGAGUUUUCCACAGGAAGUUGCAGCCAAUCUCAGCUCCCUGAGUAGACCUUUCUAUUGUAUGCGUUUGUAAACACAUUUAUUGCACUCAGACUUUACAUUAGACGGUUGCUGUAAUGUGUGGUGACCCUAAGGAAAUGUGGAAUGUUGCCUUUGUCCAGAAUAUAUUAUUGGUUGGUUCUAACUUUUGUCCUCUGUCCAGCAACCCUUCCCUCAUUAUUUUCCAUAGCACCAGCUUUUCGUAUAUAGAAUCUGAACCAUAAGUCAUCAUUUGGAGUGACUAGCUUAAGAUGCAGAACAACAAUAACAACAACAACAACAAAAGAUUUCAUGGUUUGACUUCUCUUUAUGUCUUUAGAGUAUAAUAAACUAAUAGCUACUCACAUAAACUAAACUGUCUUUGAAGACACUAUCGAAGUAGAAAAAAUACCCCAAAAUUCUAAAUUUAAAGACUGCUCUCUUAGAA